CUCCAUCUUAAGUAUGAGCGUACUCACCUGGCAUACCUCUCCUCUGUUAAAAACAUAAUGGAUGGAGACUGUGGACUGUAUGGCCAGCGGACCAUCACUGCAACUCUGAGGACAACUGCUGCUCCUGCUGCUUUUGGGAUGUACGGUGAUGUUGAUGGCUGGCAUGGAGUAGCUGUUGAAGCUCAUUACCUGGUUGACUGUCUCAUUCAGGAGUACAGAAGGCAGAAGGACUCGCUGAAUCUGCUUCUUCAGGGUACCUUUGGGCAGGUCUUCAGAGCUGACCACACCCGUAAGGUGGCACGGAAAGUGGUCCUCUCAUCAGGCACCAUGUCAUCAUAUGCCGUCAUGAAUGAGAACUGGAUGAUCCUGUCCUGGGUGAUGCUGCAGUCUGAAUCAGACAAAUCGCUGGAGCCAAUGUACGAGGGGCUGUCCUGCCGUUACAUUUCUGCAGGACAGCCUAAAGCCACGCAUAAGUGGGUUGACAGAGAUUGCUGCGCUGCAUUCCGCAUCCCAAAUCCUGGACAUCAGGAACACCUGCUCUGGGAUUCUUGGAAGACCACGGAUGACAUAAUAGCUGAGGCAACUUCUGGGAAACUCAACAACACCUGUGCUUCUCGCCAAAGCUAUAACAGUAAAAUCAACAUUAAGCUGGAUUUAUUUCAUUGUAGGCGGCGUUUCACCAGAGAGUGCACAUCUGAACAUCAUCCACUGCACAGCGCUUUCUGCAAGUUUCUCUCUGCAGCCUUCUGUGUUGUUGACCAGACAGACCUGCGUCGACUGAGGCAAGCCUAUGUCUUCUGUGGCAUAAUGCCACCAAAUCCAACUAAGCAGCAUAUCAGGCAGCACUGUCGUACCAAGAUCCCACAGCCCAGAGAGUUGCUGGUGAGAGUAGAGAGUGUUCUGCAGAAGUUCUUCUCAGAAAGUGACCCUGACGGAGUGCCGGUUUUUAAACCGAGCAUGCUGAAAGUGUGGAGGAUUCAGCGUGUCCACAUUCUCCGGGGCUGUCUGAGUGAUCCAGAGGUUGGUGAGGGAGUCCUCUACAGACAUGGUGGCAUGGUCCAACUUAACCAUGUGAAGGGGGAGGAGGCAGCUGUACCUGUCUGGAUCCCUGUGCGAGGCACCUCUCAGCAGGAGGGUUUUCAUUUUCAUCAGUCCAAGUGGGUCACAGGAACUCAGGUCUCCACAGAGCUUUUCCAGGCGCAGGGAAUGAUUGGAGUGGCUCGCUGGAAUUUUCAACGCCUUCUGGACCUGAAGCAGCCUGAUGUUCAGCUCCCUUUGGUUUUCGAUCCAGCUUUGGUGUCGGAGCUGAACAAACUUUCAGAGGAAGUCACGGGAAAAGCCAGGUAUCCUGCCCUGUGUGUUUCCAAUGCAGACACUGGAGAACGGUUUGGACUGCAGUAUUUGGAGCCCGGCUGUCAACCCGUCCCUCUGGACUGGAAUAAGCACAGGGCACAGAACACUCCAGCUUCUCCCACCUCAGAGCCAACCCCUCCCUUUGUGACAGCUACUGACCUACUUGAGGAGGACGACACUGCUGGUGUAACUGCGCUCGGCACACAGACCACAGCCCAGCCCAGCCCAAACAAAGUACCUAUCCUCGUGCUGCUCGCACAGGUCCCAUCAAAACUGGUGGUGUGCUGUUUGCCUUGGACCAUUCUCGGUGGACACAGCCAAUGAGGCAAACCAUUGACCAGAUCAUGGCAAAGCAUCGUGGGCAAAAAGACUUUCUUACUAAAGUCGCUGCAGAGUAUGCCGUUCUGGUUCAAGCUGCAUCCAGAGACCCCAACAGC